CUAGCAUACUGCACAUAAAGAAACAGAAACAGAACAAGUUGGUGGCCUUGUGGAAGACAGAAAGAAAGAAAGAAAGAAAGAAAGAAAGAAAGAAAGAAAGAAAGAAAGAAAGAAAGAAAGAAAGAAAGAAAGAAAGAAAGAAAGAGAAAGAAAGAAAGCUCUCUUUUUGGGAUUAUACGUGAAAUUUGCUGACAUUGUGUAGGAUGGCUGCAGAACUAAAGCUUGUGGACAAUGGCACAGCAGAGCAGCUCUGCCUUCAAGAAAAAGCCCCAUCAAGACCAAGAAGCUGGCAUGUAUCUAGGAAGAGGUUUGUGGUAAUUUUAGCAACCUUCACAUGCAUUGCAGUUGUGGGCUCCUUAACCAUCAUAUUGUUGAAAAUGAACCGACAUAGCACAGGUGGCCUUCCAAUACUUCCAGCAUGGAUAUUCUCCACCAUCAAUAGCACCAAAGAUCCAUGUGAAGACAUUUUGGGAUUUUCUUGUGGACAGCAGCUAAAUAUAACAAAGAUGAAGAUUCACAGUAAGAGCCCGAACCCUGGACAGCAACAAAUCUUUGAAAUACUUAGGUCAAGCUUGGAGAAUUCCAGUACCAAUUUGAGCUCUGCAGAGGAAAAAGCAAAGAAAUUCUACUAUGUUUGUUCCAACUUGUCCCAAAUUAUUGCUACUGGGCGUUUGGCAUUCAGAGAAACUAUUAAAAAGAUUGGUCUCACCAACAGUACAAAUAUUAAUGCAGUGCUGCAAAAAAUUAUGAAAGAUUACAACACCUACCCCUUUUUCAAACUCAACCUUGUUUUUGACCCCCAAAAUACAAGCAAAUAUGCUAUUCAGAUUGAUCGGCCAGAGUUUCAUUUUGAACCAGAUAUAAAAGUAUAUAGGAAAUAUUUGGAAUACAUUCAAUCUAUAUUUCAGUUUCUGGGAGUAUCAGAGGGAGAAACAAUGAAAAUUGCUGGCCCUGUCUUGGCCAUAACAUCAGUUCUUAGAUCAAUGGCAUCAAAGAAAGAAACAGAUAACCCGUUCUUUCAAAGGAUAACUAUAUCUGAAUUACAGAGAAAUGCUCCUGGUAUCAACUGGCUGGAAUGUUUACAAGCAACUUUUGAGUCUAUCAGCAUGAAGCCAUCUGAUCAUGUUUAUGUCCACGAUCUUCCCUACUUAACUAAUAUGUCCAAAUACAUCAGUGAAUAUCAUAAAAUAAGUGUCUUGAAUUUCUACAUGAUUGCAUCCUUCUUUCAAACGGUCUCUCCUGCCCUGGAUCCUCGUUUCACUCAGGCUAAGAGAAAAAUAACCAAAACUUCAGACAAGAGCAAAGAGGAGCCCACCCCUCCAUGGAAAAAAUGUGUCUUUGACACUCAUAAUGCUUUCGGUCCAGUGGUAGAAGCAAUGUUCAUUCAAGACAGCAUUUCUGAGAAAAAGCAAAAAAUGGUUACAGAACUGGUCAACGAGAUUAGAUCAGCACUUCAGACCAUGAUAGUAAAUAAUCAGUUGACAAGUGAGAAAACAAGAAAAGCUACACUAGAAAGGCUGAAAUCGAUAACAGUACAUCUUGAUCAACAGACUAGUGCUGAAGAAUUAAAUGUAAUGGACACUCUAUACUCAGAGUUUAUUGUUACUGACAGCUAUUUUGAGAGCUACUUACAGUACCUGAAGUUUGCCAAAAAGUGGAAGAUGGAAAGGAUGAAGACAACAUCAUGGCAAAAUAGUUCACUUGGAAGUCCUCUUUCAACAGUCCCGUAUCGGUCACAUGAGAAAAAAAUCAUUUAUUUCCCAGCUGGAAUGUUUCAGGAGCCACUCUUUGGUGAAGAUUAUCCAAGGGCAGUUUAUUAUGGAGGAAUUGGCACUGUCAUAGCUGAAGAGCUAAUAAUCAUGCUAGCGGACUUUGAGAAUGGUUUGAGCAGCUGGUCAGCUUCCCAGGAGUUUCUGAACUGUUUGCAGGUUCAGUUACAAAAUGACACAAUACAUAUUGAUUCACAUAAGACCUGGGCCGAGCGUAAAGGGAUGGAAGUUGCAUAUCACGCAUAUGAAAGCAGGCUGAACACAGACUGGUGUGAAUCCAGUCUAGCAAAUUUAGAAUCUCUCACCAAGCGUCAGAUGUUCUUUGUAACCUACGCGCAGAUAAUUUGUGAAACUUCAGGUAAAGCCUCAGCAGUCGAAGCUGAAUUCAGAGUGAAAGGUUUGUACAAUUCAUUUCUGUUUCAAAGAGAGUUUGGCUGCUCAGCAAAGUCAUCAAGGAACCCCUAUGGAGAAAUGCAACAUCUGAACUCAACUAUAUCAGCAGAGUGCUUUCAUUAUUAAAACAUACUCGGGACACUCUAUAAAGUGCAAGAAUACGUAAAUGGAACAGCAAUUGGCAUGUUUGUCCUAGUUCAGCCUGACAGACUGUGCUUCUUCUUCGCAUUAUAAGCAUGCCUAAUUACUAAAUGUUGGAUAUAUAAGUCGGAUAUAUAUAUAUAAUUUUACUUAUUUUAAUGUCAAUAACAAGUUAUAUAUUUGUUUAUAAUGUAGUAUAUUGUAUUUUUAUAUUUUAUGUGACCUGUAAAUGCCUGGAAAUAUACACUCAAGUUUAUUUACUAGUAAGGAGUUGGGACAUUCUAAUGUGGUUUGAUGUUACACAACUUGUCACUUUCAUAAAAUGUUAUGUAGGGUAAGGGGCAAAUUGAAUGAGACAAAUAAGAGCAAUAUAAUGCACAACCAAAAUAACUACUAGAAACUUAUUUUGCAUUAAACAGGUACAUUCAACAGCAAUACAGGCUUCAAUUUUUUAUGUUUAAUACAGAGUAUACAGCUAUGUGUUCAAAUUAAAGUGAUACAUAAUAAGUAUUGGUAUGAAGUAAAGUCUGGUGGAGAAAAUGUCAGAGAGAAUGUAUGGAGGAGAAAGGCAUGAAUGACAUUGCCACCAAAAAGGCUCAAUGCAGAGCCCAGCAGAAAUAAGACAUAGAGACUGACCUAUUACUAAUGACAUAACUGGAGACAGCAACAUGCUAUUUGUUGAUUACCACAUGCAAGUAGGAAGUUCACUGUACUCUGUACACAUGACAAUAAUGAUGCUAUAAACCUGUAAACCUACAAAAAGUCUUAACUAAAAUCUGAAGUCUUCCUACAUAUUACCUUGUCUUCUCAAAACAGUACUAUCUGACUUCAAAGGAGGCACAAUCUUAACAUAUUUGGUGCAACACAACACAUUUCUAUUGGGUCUGUCUUCAAUACAAAACUAAGUAGAGAACCCAUUCAUAAAAUAACAUUGUUACAUACAAUUGUUUUGAAGUGGAAGUGAUUAUCUGUUUAAUGUGUAAAAAAACAAAAGAUUGGUUGUUAACAAUUAGUGUCUUAUGAAGAACAAAACAGCUUGGAUGGUGCAAUUACUGCUUGUUCAUUAAAGAUUUAUGCUGAUAUAUGCUCA